AUGUCCGACGAAGAUCACAAAUCUGAAGUAUAUGACACACUUACUAAUAUCCUGAAUGAAAUUGAUGAUCUACCAUUACAUCCGAAAAACAAAAUUCUUUUAUACAGUCGUUAUGUGCUUUCCAAAAUCUCUUGGCACUUCACUGUUUCUGACAUAGGCAAAACCUGGGUUAACGAUAAACUAGAUAGUAUCGCGUCCACGUAUAUCCGAAAAUGGCUUGAACUUCCUAUUUCUGCAACCCUUAGUAACGUCCUACUUCCCCACAAUAAAUUUGGAUUAAAUAUCAUUCUACCUUCAACCAAAUUCCUUCAAUGCCAAACUGUUUCUCGGAAAGCCCUAAAGUCGUCGCCAAAUGAAGCAAUCAAUAACCUUUGGAAAGAUACUAGCAAUCACAAAAAUGUACAAUAUGACAAAUACAAAAACACCAAGGACGUAUUAAACACCAUCAGGAAACAACAUGAAGACAAGCUUCAACACCACCUCAUUUCACAAGGCUCAUUUUUCUCCAAUAUCAUUAAACAUUCUACACUCUCAUUCAACUCUAUAUGGUCCUCCGUUCAGAGUAAACUUCCGAAGAAUAUAUUUAACUUCACUAUCCGGUAUAUAAAUAACACUCUUCCGACUCGCAAAAACCUUCUGAAAUGGGGAAUAUCACCAACAUCCGAAUGUUCGUUUUGUUUGAAUCCAGAAUCACUUCUUUACGUCGUCGCUGGAUGCAAGACCUACCUAAAUGAAGGACGUUUCACGUGGCGUCAUGAUUCGGUGCUUAACUUCAUAGCAUCCAUACUUAAAUCUGUGAACCAUUGUAACCUUUAUGCUGACCUUCCUGGCUAUAUCAGUCCAUCUGUUAUCACCGGAGAUGAAUUGCGCCCUGAUCUUUUGAUAACACUUGAAAACAAAUGUAUUUAUAUAGUUGAACUUACCGUCGGAUUUGAAUCUAAUCUCCUCACUAAUGCAACUCGAAAAAGACAAAAAUAUCAAGAUCUAAUUAACGAACAGCUCAAAAAUUAUGAAAAAGUGAAAUUUGUAAAUUUAUCGAUUAGCUCAUUAGGAGUUUUCAGCCACCCGUCGCUAGAUUUCACCGAAAUGCUGAAAGAUCUAAAGUUUGAUGAACAAUGUAGAAAGUACUAUGUUCGAAAAAUUAUUAAUAUAUGUAUCAGGUCCUCGUAUUAUAUAUUCUGUAAGCGUAACAAAGAAUGGGAUAACCCACAACUAAUGUCAUACUAA